AACCAUCUCUUCUAACUCAACGCUCCUCUUGCUUUUUCAUCCAAAGUAUGUUAUAUUAAGUUUCGUGAAUCAUCGAGUGUUGGUGUGGCCCAGCAUCUAACUAACACCGUUUUUAUUGAUAGAGCUCUGAUAGUCGUACCCUGUGCAGAAGAUGACUAGACUGGCCAAGGCAGACCUGUUACACUUGCCUGAGUUAGGCAUUGUUUGCCAUGCCACUAAACCUGCCGUCAAGUGAAACCUUCGUGGGGGGAAAUGAGAUCGAAGUCUGGCCCGCUGAAGAUGGACGCCCUGUCUCUGUUUUUAUUUUUUAUUUUGCUUUUCUUUCUUUUCUUUUUAUUUUGUCCCUUUUUUUGUUUUGUUUUUUGUUUUUGCUGAAUCUCUUUCACUUCUACUUGUGAACUGGUUCUUCAAUUCUGUAAAAAUGGUGUUUCUUAAAGGGUUGAAUGAUGUGUCAUUUUAAAGUAGACUUUCUGAAGCUGUUUAUGAGGGUGGUGGAUGGUAUAUAUACCGAGUGUUGAAUUAGGUCAGCUAAAUUCUCUGUUGUAAACUAGGGAUAAACACUGCCUUAGAGAUAUGUUUUAGCAUCUUAAUUCAACUAUGACAGGCAGAUCAAUAUAUGAUGUCUGAGGACUAAAAUAGUGAUAAAGAUAUUUCAGCUCUCAGAUGUGUGUGUUCCUCCUUAGACCAUAUUUUCAAAAGUACAUGUCUCUGAAAAAGCCAGCUGAAACUUUCUUUCUUAUUACUUCUUUCUUAAGAAUCUAGCUUUUCCGAACAAAGUCAUGGAUUUUAAUCAGUCUCUUUCCCACGAUCAGAAGCAGUUUCAUUUUAAGCUGUAUAACCAGCACAGCACAAGGUUUUUGUAUUAAUUUUUAAUAUGAAGAAGUUAAGAUAUCUAUUUUGGAAUGACUCUUGAGAAAAUUCUGAACAUUCUAGAAUUUUUAUUCACUGUGGGUGAAAUUCUAACUCCAUUGAUGUUAACGGAGGUUUAGCCAUUGACUUCAGUGGGGUCGGGAUUUCAUGUAUUACUUUUCUUUAAGAAAAACCUUUACCACACGUUGGUGUAAAUGGAUUCUGAGGCCUUGAUUGGAGAGUGUUUUGUCAGAUAUGUUGUCUUUUAACAUUGCUAUCUGUGGGAAGGUGGAAAAAACUUUUUUUUUUUUUUUUUUUUGAGGUACGGGGGUGUUGUUAUGUUGUUUUUUUAACCUUUACACGCUAGAAUGGCAUUCUCAUUUAGAUGCAACAGAAAGGGAUUUUCUAAGAAAUGGUUUCAUCCAUAAGUUUGUAGUUCCCAGUGAUUAAACAUACUAGGAAAAUAAUUUAUUCUUCUAAUCUCCAGCUUAGAUAUGAGCAUAAAGUGUCUUUGAUUGAAGAUACUUGUUCAUCACUGAAGCGGGUUUUUUUUCUUUCUUUCUUUUUUUUUUUUUUUUUUUUAAAUCAUCCAGCAGUUUAUAGUACAAAACACAAGGAAACUGAUCCCUUCUGAACACUUGUCACAAGAUUCCAUCCUCAUGCUAAUACACUAUAAUUUUACUGGUAUCAGGCCUAAUCGUUAUUUACACUAAGGCCACUUUACAUUGCUCUGGCAAGCCAUGUCUGCCCUACAGAGCCAAUGCUAUCAUAGCUGUGCUGGCAUAGCUCUUUUGUGAACUUGCAGGGCACAUUGAUAGAAGGCGUUUUCUCCAUGUGUAAGAGCAUCACCUCCCUGAACAACAUUCUAACAAAAGCAUUUUUCUGUCAGCAUAGUUGUAUCUACACUGGGGCUUUUGACAGCAUACCUAUGUUGCUAGGAGAUGGGGAUUUUUCACACUUCUGACCCAAAUAGUUAUGCCAGUAUAAAUGUGAAGUGUAGAUCAAGCCGCUGAUCCACUGAAGUAUCUUAAAAUGGAUAUAAAAGUAAUUUACACCCCACUUAAAAGGUCCCUUUGUAACAGUAUAAAGGGGCCUUAUUGCAAAUGAGAAUCAGAUCUGUCAUUUAUUAUUGAAUACUGAAAGGUCAUUAAAACCAUUUUAAGGCACCGGCAUACAUUGAAAUAAGUCAAGAAAUUGAACUAUGAAGUUGAAAUGAUACACUUUUUAAAUAAAUACAUAUAUUUGGGGAAAGCAUUUCAGUUCAACUUUUAAGGAUUGACUUCACCCAUCCCAUAGCAAUAUGCAUUAAGAAAAACAUACAAGCCUUAAACCUGAUGUUAAACAGAUGUCAGAUUGUGCAAUAGGCUAAAUGUUGUUUAUAUUUUUUCUGGGUUUGUAUUCCUUUUUUAUAAAAAAGAUUAAAGAAGGUAUAAAAUAUAUAUUUACUCAAGAACAUAACCGGUUCCUUAUUAGCUCUUAAAUUGAUUUUUAAUACUAAAUAAUCUGAUCAGCUUUUUACUAAAGUUCCGUUGGAAAAAAAAUGGAAGUUUUUUUGUGGGAAAUUUCUGAAAUUUCUAAACUGUUUCCAUUUUUCGGGGUUCUAAACUGAUUCAUUUUUUGGGACAGUUUCCACAGCAUUUUACUGUGGGAAAUUUUUGUUGAAUAUUUUUGAGCAUGAGUUUGAUUUUAAAAAAUCAGUGAAAAUAUUGAAGAAACAUCUGCAGAACCCAGAUGUUGAUAAUUUUUCAUGAAAAGAUCAUCUUUGAGAAAAAGGCACUUUUUUUUUUUUAAGUAAAACUGUGUGGAAAAACUUUGACCAGCUCUACUUAAUUUUUUUUAACAUAGGUGAGAAAGCAAAAGUAUUAGGGAAAUGUCAAUAAAAAUUUCAAUUUAAAAUGCAUGGUAUCCACCUGGCAGACUGCUAUAAUAAUUUACCUUAUGUGAUCAUGAGUCAGCAAGUUACUUUAGCAUGUACCUAACUAAAUGUAUGAAUAGUCCCAGUGACUUCAGUGGCAUUGUUCUUACGCUUGAAGUCUUGGCACAUGCUUAAGUACCUUUCUGAACUGAUGACCCUCAUUCAACUAAAUAUUUAAGCAUGUUCUAAAUUCAGUCCCUAUUCAACAAAGCACGUCAGCAUGUUAAGCAUCUACUUAAAGUUAAGUAUAUGUUUAAGUGCUUGCAGAAUAGGGAUAGAUUUAAGUGCAUGCUUAAAUUAGGCAUGUGCUUAAGUUUAUUGUGGGGACUACAUUAGAAUGCAGUGUUACUAUCUUUAGCUUCCUGUAGGUGGAUCCACCCAUGUAAAGUUCCAUUGACUUUGUGGGAUUUUAUGUAGGUGCCACAUGUAAACACAGGAGGAUAUCUCCGCAGGAUUAGGGCCUUAUUGAUCUGUAAUAUGGACCUUCAUGGUUAGUUCAUGUUUCAACAGCACUUUAAAAACAUAAAUUACGAUUUCCCCAAAAUCAGCUGUGUAAAUGUAUACCUAAUUUGCAUGCACAGUUACUGUGGUUAUGUAUCUAAAUAUCUGUUUAGAUGCAUAACUGACAAUUUGUGCAAGCAAAUACCUGCUUUUUCAUGAGGAGUCACGCAAAUCCGGCAUUAUAACUUCACAUGCUAUUGCAUGUCUAAUUUUAAAACAAAGCCUGCAAAGUGCUGUAUUCCUUCUAAAUACAAUUUUGGCUUUAGAUCAGAUAUGUUUUUAAAAAGUUACGGAAGAAGUUACUGUGAAGAUAAUUUUCAGACCCUAACUAUUUUAUUUUAUUUUAUUUUUCUCUUUAAGAUAGCAAUGUGGCUUGAUCUGUUGUACAUUAUGGACCAAAGUUUCACAGAAUUUAUCUUAAAGUUAAAUAGCUGUGUUUGAUUAAUAGGAAUACAACAUAAAUUCUAGAUGAAAUUGUGUGUGUGUGUGUGUGUUUUUUUUUUUUUUUUAAAUUUCUUUCAUUCCACAUCUAUUCCCAUUAAAAUGGAUUUUAUUUAGAUUUAUUUUCUUUUGGACAGAGCAACUCAAAUCUAUUCUAGAGCUGCAAAUUGUGGUGCAUAUUUUCAAAACAUUCUUAUAGUCGGAUAACUCCCGUGGGCUUUAAUGGGAAUUGCACUGCCAAAACUUUGCAUAGUGCUUUGAAAAUUUACCUCAUAUUUUACUUUUAAAUCAGGAGUCCUUUUGUAUGUAUUCAUUAUAAACUCCUGAAGUUAGAGAUCUGUAAUGAAAAUGUAUGUGCAAAUUGUAGUAGUACCAGACGGGUACUGUUCUAGUACUUAUAAAGUACUCAGUAUUGUAGAAAGCCAUAAACACCUCUAAAAUGCAUGAGGUAAUGUAUGAGGGCUGUUUUAUGGUUACUUUGGCAAUUUGGAGCAGAUUAGGAAGUCCUUAAUUAUUUCGUGUGAUUAGGAAUUCUCUGGCAGUUUUUCAGUUCACUGUUUCUAUUUUGUGGUGAUUUAAUUCCCUUAAAUUGGAAAUCAGUAUUUGCAUUUAGUAAAUCGUUUAAAUAGUACAGAAUUUAAUGCUCUGAAGAUUUCUUAGUCCAGCAUUUUUGUUAUAACUAUACAUAUAACCAUCAUUCAUUUUAUUCAGAUGAGAAAUUAUUUUAAUAAACUGUUGGCAUGACAACAGGGGGAGUUUGUUAGUCACAGUUGGAAUAUAUAUUUUUUUAUGAAAGUGUAGUGCAUUUAGAAGGGAAACAUAAUUGAGCAACUAUCUCAGUAUAUUUACAAUUAGGUGACAAGAGACUUAAGUCUCUUGUCGUCCCAGUUACAUUGAGACAACCUAGAAAGAGAAACAGUGUAGGUCUUUUUUUUUUUUUUUUUCCCCUGUUGACUCUACCUGCAGUACAGAGUUUGUAUGGGGUCAUUGGUAAUUUUUGUAUUUUAUUUAUUUAUUUAUUUUAUUUUUAUUUUAUUUUAUUUUAUUAUCAAAAGCAGGUAGCAGCCGUAAAAGAAAAGGGACAGAUUUCAAUUAGCACAUUUUUUUUUUUAACUAAUUUGGUUAUUUGCCAUUUCUGGGGAUUAAACUUUAAAAAAUGUUCUUCUUUUCUGUAUCUGAUGUUCUGUGUGCUAUUAGUGAUGCAGCCUACACGAACGGUUGUCAUGUGUAACACAACUUUCGAUCACCGCGAAAACACCGCCCUGGGAAAGCGUCCAUGCUUGAUAUCGUUUGGUUCAUGAACAUUAAGUUUCCAGUACAGGUGACCCAUAGCUCAAAGUGUUAAAUAAUUGUCUACAUUAUUCAGUUUUUAAAAUAAUCCAUUAAUGAGAUUGCUAGUCUUUGAAGUUUUGCUCACUUUUGUUUUUCCUAGUAGAGCAGGGUAAAAGGAAAAACUUAAGUUCUUAUUUGUUUUUUGUAAGGAUCUGGUAGAUAGAUUCAUUUUUCUUUACUAUUUUUUUUAAGUGCAAGGGUAAAUUGUAAAAUCAUAAAAAGAAUAACAUUGGUUUGUUGUUCAAACUCUCUCUAACACUUCCAUUUGCUUCUCCAGGUAAAAUCCCAGAUGAAGCCAAAGCCCUCUCUUUAUUGGCUCCUGCUCCUACUAUGACAAGCCUGAUGCCUGGUGCAGGGUUGCUUCCUAUACCCACACCAACUCCUCUGACUACACUUAGUGUUUCACUUGGCACGUUGGGAGCUAUACCAGCAGCAGCAUUGGACCCUAAUAUUACAGCACUUGGAGAAAUACCACAGCCACCAAUUAUGGGAAAUGUGGAUCCUUCCAAAAUUGAUGAAAUUAGGAGAACAGUCUACGUUGGAAAUCUGAAUUCUCAGACUACAACAGCAGAUCAGCUGCUUGAAUUUUUUAAACAAGUUGGAGAAGUGAAGUUUGUGCGAAUGGCAGGUGAUGAGACACAACCAACACGGUUUGCUUUCGUGGAAUUUGCAGACCAAAAUUCUGUACCUCGUGCUCUUGCCUUUAAUGGAGUUAUGUUUGGAGACAGGCCACUGAAAAUAAAUCACUCCAAUAAUGCAAUAGUGAAACCUCCUGAAAUGACUCCACAAGCUGCUGCCAAGGAGUUGGAAGAAGUGAUGAAGAGAGUAAGGGAAGCCCAGUCUUUCAUAUCGGCAGCUAUUGAGCCAGAGUCUGGAAAGAGCAGUGAAAGAAAAGGCGGUCGAUCUCGUUCCCAUUCUCGUUCAGAGUCCAGAUCUAGUUCAAAAUCCCGAUCUAGAAGGAAAAGAUCACGCUCAAAACGCAGGAGUAGAUCACACAAUAGAUCACUCUCUAGUCAGAAGGAUAGGCGUAGAUCCAAAAGUCCUCCCAAAAAACGUUCCAAGUCUAAGGAAAGGCGGAAGUCAAGAAGUCGUUCUCGUUCCCGGGACAAGAAAAAAGACAAAGAAAACAAAGAAAAGGUCAAGGAAAAAGAAAAGGUCAGAGAGAAGGACAAGGACCGAGACAGGGAGAAGGAGAGAGACAGAGAUAAAGAAAAAGAGAGGGAGCGGGACAGAGACAAAGAGAGAAAUAGGGACAGAGAUAAAGAAAAAGACAGGGACAAGGACCGAGAGAGGGAUAGAGACAAAGAAAAGGAGAGGAACAAAGACCGGGAGAAGGACAGGGACAAGGAGAAGGAGAUAGUCCGGGACAAGAAGGAAACAGACCUGGAGAAAGGGGGGGACAGGGACAAGGAAAAGGAUCGGGAGAAAGAGGGGGACAGGGAGAAGGUUAAGGAGAAGGACAGGGAGAAGGACCGAGAGAAGAAGGAGGGUGACAAGGAGAAGGACAAAGACAAGGAAGGGGACAAAGAGAAGGAACGGGAAAGAGAAAAAGAGAGGUCCAAAGAGAGCGAUGAUAAAAAGAAGAAAGAGAAGAGAUCCAGAACACCUCCCAGAAGCUACAGUUCUCUAAGAAGAUCUCGUAGUUCCAGCAGAGAAAGACGUAAGAGGAAGAGUAGAAGUCCUUCCAAGUCUCCAAAAUCAUCCAGAACAUCAAAGAGAAAGUCCUCUCGGUCUCCAUCACCAAGGAGCAGAAAUAAGAAGGACAAAAAGAGAGAGAAAGAAAGGGAUUCAAAUAAUGAAAGAAAAGAGAGAGAGCAAUCCACAUCCAAGAAAAAAAGUAGCAAAGAAAAAGAUGGGAAGGAGAAGUCUGACAAAACCACUACUACACUGAAGGAUAAAGAUCACACUAAAGGGGAUGCGAAUUCAGAAAUUAACAAGGCAGUAGAAAAUAAAGAUACACAAAGGACAGAUGAAGUCAAACUACAACAGAAUGGGAACUGUCAACCAAAUGAAGAAAACCUCUCAGUUAAAAUGGAAGAGGUAUAAAGUAACGAAUGGACCUCUGACUCAACUGUGGGGUGAAUCCAAAGCUUUUUAUUUCCCUGAAAGAGGAAGAAAACAUCAAAGCAAUCUACUGAGCAGGUUGAUAUGUACUAGUAGCUCUUCCAAUUCUUGUGAUAGCUUUGUUGUCUUCUUGCUGGAAAGCAAGAAAGACCAUGGACCAGUAAUAUAUGCCAUGAUUAAGGCAAAUGCCAUCAGAACUAUUCAUCUGUGAGAAUCCAUGCAUUUCGAUGAUGGCUGUACUUAUUUGUAAAAUGAUUUAUGUUAACUUUUGCCAAGAACUGUUUCAGAUAAGGUGAAAUUGAAAGAUGUAAACCUGUAUAAGCUGAAGGUAUGCAUUGGAAGUUGUUAAAAUAUUGCUAGUUAAUGAAUUUUGUAUUGUUUUUCCUUGUGUUUGUUUGUUUUUUUGUUUUUUUUUUUAAUUUCAAUGUGUGCUGUUUUGAUAAUGUGCUUGGACAUGGUGCAAAAAUAUACACACUUUCCCUUGUAAAUGACAGCUAUGGAAAAAAGGGUUUUUACUUUAAUACAUAGUUUUGCCGUUAUUGCGUUAAACGCCCACUGACUAUUAAGUUUUCAUUUGCUCACUGCUUGGAUUCAUUUUUUCUUAUUUAAAGUCAUUUUCUUAUUACUAUCCCUGAAAUGAAUAUUUCUUUUAAUAGUAGUUGAACAAUGCAUGUUACUGUCCUAUUUAUAGAAGGAACAACCACCAUAUUGUAGAUAAUAGUUUAGCUUACUGGGUUUCUUCCCCCUCUCCUAUCCUCAAAAGUAAGCACAUCUGUAUAGUGGUAUCAGAACUUCUGGUUUUGUUUUGAGCCAUAUUGCAGUGGGUCUGUUCAGCUGCAUAUGGUACAGGUGUCAUUAUGAAAAUCAAUACCCCGUUUUCAAAAUAGUAUAUGGGAGCACAAGCUAAAGCUUUAGUGCCUUCUUAAAAUGAGGUAUAUUUUCUGGGACUUUAUAUGUGCUAUUAAUUUUCGGUUACAUCUUACAUAAUCUCGAUGGCUGUUCUACCAAAACCACACCAGUAGACAAGAAUGUGAGUGGUUUGUCAGAAAAGCUGUGCUGGGUUCACUUGGUACAAGACUGAAGCUCCAUUUUUAAGAAGAUUUAUAUAAAUGAAUCCAAAAGUGUAGUUUGGGGACCAUCAUACUAUGAAGUAUGGUAACUGAAUAGAGAGCAUGCUCUAAUUUCACCAAAAUCAAAGGGAGCUCUUUAAACUUUUUCUGUACAUCGGAUGGCCUUAAUCAUUACCUCUCAAUCAUCUUCUCUAAUGUUGGUUGUGUGAUGUGAAAGGAAUUGUGUGCAAAGUUUGUUUGAAAAGAAUAGUAGUUGAAUUUACAUUAGAGUUAUAUGGUAGAGAUUCUAUGUCCUUCUUGGAUUCAUUCGUUGGGGAGAAAGCAUGUAACUGGAGAGAAUGACACACUGCAAAUAUUUUGUCAAGUAAAAAUGUGACUUGUGCUCUGAAGUAAUCUCAUCAUUGUAAGAUUUCUUAAAAGACCUUUAAAACUUGUUUAAUACUAAAAUCAAGUAGACUUAUUUUUAAUACAAUGAAAUACAAUCAAAAGACUUAAUUGCCUUACCUCAUGGGAAGAGUUAUUUCUAUCAAUUUUAAAAGCUAAGUAGUAUAUUAGUUAGUUACUUUCAAUUUGAUUUUCCUUUUUAAAGUUAAUACUUACAGAAGCCUAAGUGUUUUAUGGGGAAUGAGAAGUUGCCCACUUUAUAAGGUAAUGAAACCCAGUUUGUGCAGCUGCUUACUCUUUAUUUUUGUUAGGAUUUGAAGUAUCUUGCCACUGUGUACCAUUAAAACUAUAGAAAAUGCUUUACCAUGUAAAGUAUAGAUGGUCAUUUUUGUGAUGUUUAAGCCACAUGCAGUUGGCUGGUGAACAGUUUAUUCCAAUAAAAGAAUAACAAAUCUGUAUGCUUAUAGAAAGACUGUGAAGGAUCGGGUCUUGCAACAACAGCUGUCUUAUUUAUGUGUAAGUAGCAUAGAGCAAAGAUCGUUUGUAUACUUGUUAUCUUUGGUACCAUUUCACUAAUAAAAUUAAGUAUUUUAGAGGGAAGUUUUUAUAUAUAUAUAUCUUUUUAUAUAUAUAUAUAAAAUAUGAAAGGAACAUUUUUCGUUGAAUAUUCAUCUACUUUUUCUCAGGGGGUUGUUUUGAUUUGGAAAGUGCAUGCCAGUAAUAUACAUAGCAUUUAGAAAAUUUACUUUGAUAAGAUAUCUUUCCUUGUGAGAAGUCAAAUGGUUUUCACACAUGGCUUCAUGUUUCAGAUGUCAAUGUUUAUUUUGAUUCCUAUUGGUUGUUUUUCUUUCUAGUAUUCUGAAAUUGCACAUCUCUAUAAUAUGGCAGAAAUUAAUAAAAAGAUUAGCUAUGGUUGUCUAAGAACAAUGCCUUUGAAAAUUGACAACAGCAGACUAGCAAUUUUACUUGCUAGUUGGAGUAUGUGUUUCAUAAUUCAGCAUAUUCUCUUGUACUGUGGGACUUUUCCUAGAAAGCAUGAUAGUUUUCUCUCGCUCUGGAAAAAAUAGAAAUUGCUGUUUUCUUACAAGUCCUAGUUUUUCUGUUUGCUUUAUAAAUAUUUUUCAUUUCUAUUUUCAGUUUUUCUUUAAAAUAAUUUUUUAUAUUUUAUUACUCCAUUUUCCCUUCCCUAAAAGCCCACCACCAGGGAACUAGCCUCAUCUAAGAACAGUGACUCUGCAGUAGGUAGAUUGUAUUUGUAAGGCUGCUGCUUAGUAAUACAGUUCAUGCCCUGCUCCCCAAGGAUCGUGUGCAUCAAGUAUUCAAUAUUUAUAGCCUUCACUAGAUGUCCAGUGUUUCCUUCAUAGCAAGGUUGCAUGCUGAACUGCCAUGUCACAUUGCAUGUAUUAUCAGUCUAGGUAAACUAGCUGAAAGUGAGUGAAGUAUAUAUUUUCAAGAACAACAUAUUUAAUAACGGACAGAUAAAUAUUUUAAAUACGGUUUUAUCUGAAUCAACAUUUGCCGUAGCUGAAAGGGUUGGUGAAUCAUAGUUUCACUUUGGGGCUUUUCCACUCUGAAAAGAGACUGCAAAAAUGGCACCUUUUUAAUCCAGCAAAUCUGAAUGUUUGUUCAGAAGUAUCUGCUAAUAGUAGUGACUGAUAUUUUUAAACUUAUUCUUGUAGGGGUGACACAGCUAAGAAAAAGUGAGCUGGAUUCUAUUUCAAGGUUGUUGUUUUUUCAAGUUCCAGUUACAGGUCUACACAUUUACCUCUGUGUAAAUCAAUUGAGGUAAAAAGGGUUACACAGAUGUUAGGAAGGAAAUAAUUUUCCCUGUAAAGCCUUUUAUUGCUGGUGAGAGUAUUGGGGAAGGGGAAAGAAGAUCCUAGAUCUCACAAUUCCAUGGUUAUAGUCACUUUUCAGGGUAGAACUCAUAAAUUCAAAAUUUCAUCCUUUGUGCAAAAAUUCAUGUGUUGUGUUUAUCCGUUGUAAGACUUAAAGGUUUGAAUUUCAGUACUUUUUACCUAAGCAGAAAAUAAUAAGCAAAGGCAAUUUUGGUUGGUAAAAAAAUUGCUCACAUAUAUGUUCUCUUCAGAAUUCCUUCAUUUUUUCAGUUUAUCUAAAUAAUAAUUAAAAGCAGGUAGUUUUUGCCUCUUGGAGAAGCUGUCUUCUACUUGGGUUUUACAACUGAAAUAUCUAGUUUGUUUUUGUUUGUUUUUGUUCCUCUUAUAAUGAAAUAGGAUUAUAGCUAACCCAUUCUUAUUUUGCUAGACUUUCUUCACAAAAGAUGAUGAAAUCGUAGAUGUCUCUUGUAGAUGUUGGCCUAAAAAUUGGAUUUCAGCAGUAUAAACUAUGAACCAUUUUAAAAUAUCUGCACUAUUACAUGCAAGUCUGGGUAUAUGAUGGACCUGAUUCACCACAUGUUGCUCCUCCAGCUUUACUUUAGUGUAACUAUUCAUUUCAUUGCAUUUUCAACCAAGUUAAAAGGGGAGUGACACAAAAGUGACAGGUUUCAGAGUAGCAGCCGUGUUAGUCUGUAUCCACAAAAAGAACAGGAGUACUCUAAGGUGCCACAAGUACUCCUGUUCUUUUUACAAAAGUAACAGUGAUGAAUUGGACCUAGUGGGUCUGAUCCUUCAAUCUUGACCCCGGUAAAACUCCCACUAAAAUCAGCAGGUGCUCAUUUGAGAAAGAUGUAGUGUUCCUCCCCAAAAUAUGGAGACUGGAUAGUUGAAAUUCAUAGACGUAUGUCGUUUGUUUUACACUGAAGGCUUGUCUACAUGUAACUCCUUCAGCAGCACAGGCGUGCCACUGAAGCUGCGCUGCUGUAAUGCUUCAGUGUAGAAACUACUUAUGCUGAUGGGAGGAAUUCUCCUGUCGGCAUAGGUAAUCCACCUCCCCGAGAGGCAGUAGCUAGGCUGAUGAAAGAAUUCUUCUGUAGACCUACUGCUGUUAGAUGGAGACUUAGGUCAGCUUACCUAUGCCAUUCAGCAGUGUGGUUUUUCACACCCCUGAGCAAUUUAGUUAUUCCAACUUAUUAUCUAGUGUAUACCAGGCCUUAGUCCUACAGUCAACUUAUCUUCAGAUAGCGAUUAUUUGAUUAUUGUGUAAUCAUGAAAAAAGCUGAGUCAGCCUCCAUCUAAUGUUUAUUAUAUAUUGAAAAUGAAAAGUAAAGCAUUAUUUAAAUGUAGUUUUGUGUGAGCUAGGCAUCCCCUCAGUCACAAACAUUUCAUUCCAAACUUAUCAAGAGCUCCUUUGCAUACAAUAUUUAUAUCCUAUUUCAAAUCCAACAACAAGUAGGCUUGUCAUCAUGUUUUCUGCGCGGCUCGUGCUGCUCUAGGCAUCUAUCUGUCAUACUUAGAUGGCUCUCAUCCACAGGGUAUCUGAGCACAUCAAUGUAUGGUUUUUUCUUUUACUGCAUUCCAUAGUCAACAAUUGAAUAAGCUGGUCUUGAGAUGUGUCAGCUACCUUUCCUCCAGUGCAUCUUUUACAUUCGGUAUAAAGCACGACCCAGUCAGACAUUGGCCUGGUCUGAGAGGGAAACCAUUUUACCCCUUUAUACUUUAAUCAGUUGUAUUUGUAAUGAUAUUCUACAAUUCUGAAAUUUUAUCAACUAUUUCUCAAAGACAGUUUUGAAGUGAUCAAUUCUACAAUCUAAGCAGCUGAAAAAAAGCUUUGUCCCAAUAAAGUUUGACAAUUUUGUGACUAUUGGGCCUACUGCAGGAUGAGAGUGCCUUGUAAAAAUGGACUGUAGCUGUUUGCUUGUUUUCUGCUUUAGAAAUCUUUAUCCUAUGAUUAUUUCUGAGAACACUUGGCCUGUUUGGAUUGUAUAUUGUUUUAAAGUCAGUUCAGUGCCACGUUUUGACAGACAUGGAUACUGAAGUCUUUUGAUCACAAAAUAAGUAUCACCCUGGCAGUAGUAGUACAGUCUUUCUCACACGGAUUGGUUGAUGUGCCUCACACCUGACCUGAAAGGACUGCCUUUGGCAGCAGUAAGAGCAUAGCUUAGUCUUACCAUUCAUUCAGCCCUUAAAGUCACAAAUGAGACCUCCAGCUCACGGAUGCAAAUUGAGUGGUUUUCAGGAUAUGGAGAACUGUUCACUACAAACUAGAUUUGGGACAACUGAUUCAUAACUCAGAGGUCACAGGGCUUUCAAGUCAGUGACUAAUUAAUUUGGCUUUGAACUGCUGAGUUAAGGUAAAAGGUUCAUACAUCUACAUAAAUUCUGUGAUCCAAACAACUAUUUUAUUUUUUGUUUAACCAGACCAGUGUUGAUUUGAAACAGUUUUAUCACUUUUCUUGGUUUCUGGUAUGUCCAUAUUUUCUUAGGUUUCAGUUUUGCCCUAUUUCCUUUGCCAACUGAAUGCCAAAUGUUUUCAACAGUACUUCUAUAUCUGAUUUUUUUUUUUUUAUGAGUAAUAAGCUUUUCCCCCCCUAGGAAUGGAAGAACAAAUUGUUCUGCGUUUGAUUCUUGAUUCACCAUACUGAUAACAUAAUUUCUUGAUAAUUAUUUCAUUCUUGCUAUAAAUGUAUGUUUCAACCCCACUUGAAAUCCACCAAGCAAACCAUCUAUCCAAUUUCUUUAUCUAGGCGUUUAUAUCAAUUGCUUGUUGUGGUAUCACAGAAUCAUAGAAAAUGUAGGGCUGGAAGGGACUUCAAGGGGUAAUCUAGUUCAGCCCCAUGCUGAGGCCGGGACUAAGUACCUAAAACCUUAACUGCUGCAGAGACCUAGAUUGGUGCUAAUUUUGUGUCAGUGAUGAGCAACUCAUGAACUGCUGAAAAAUUGCCAGUUCACAGAUUCAUAACUCCACUAUUAUUUAAACAAAACAACCUGGUGGUGGAGCACUAGAGAUAGGUAGAUAGUUAUGCACGGUUCAUUUCAUUAAUCACUAGAAGAUCGUUUGCAUCUUCUCUAGAUCUCUAAGGUGCAGAGCCCAUGUUUUACUUUUUUGCACAAUAUCUAGCACAAAAAGCUCCCUGAUCUGAUUGGGGACUUGGCACUACUGUAAAAAAAAAUUGUUACUAAUAAUUUCCCUUCUCCUAAUACUAGAUGUUUCUGAUAACAAAGAAGUAAAAUUGUUCUGUGUGGGUUACAUAUACUUGUGUGUUAAUAAAGCAAUUAUUAAAUAGUACGAGUAAAGAAAUGUCAAAUGCUGCUACUAUUAUGUUGCUAUUUUUGAAAAUAAAUAAGUCCUAAGGGUUUUUUUUGAUUUA